AAAAACAUCGAUCAGUCAAAACGUCACUGUCAAUUCCAUCUGUGUUAUGUCAACACGCAAAAACCAACAGUAGUUUUUACCAAAAAGAAAGUGUGUGAGUGUUUUCCGAAAUUUUUUGUCUCCCAAAUGUGAAAUGCCGUGUGAGCCACCGAUUUCCAAAUUAUCGUUCGUUUGUGUGGGUUAGCAAAGAAAUUUUCGUCAAGGCCAGUCAAACAAUGAUACAUUUCCUGAUUUUCCUUGUUUAAUUAAAAUUUCAAACCUAAUUAAUUGGAAAUGGCCGUGAAUCUACCGACAAUGCCUGUGAGGAAGUACAGGCGAGAGACCAGCGAAGUCAGCAGUUGUUUGAAGUACAUGAUAUUCGGGUUUAACGUGUUGUUUUGGCUGUUAGGAUUAGGUAUUUUGACUGUGGGAGUGUGGGCUUGGAGCGAGAAAGAUAUUUUUAAUAAUUUAGGGAAAGUGGCAAAUGUUGCACUCGAUCCAGCGUUUAUUUUGAUAUGCAUUGGAACGGUGACUUUCAUUAUCGGGUUCACAGGAUGUGUGGGGGCACUGCGGGAAAAUACUUGUCUUUUAGCUACAUAUGCCAUAUUUUUAUCUGUGUUACUUUUAUUCGAAAUGACGGCUGGAAUUCUUGGAUUUAUUUUUAAGGACUGGAUUAAGUCACAAGCCACGAUAGGUUUCCAGACGUUUAUUAUUCACUAUAGAGAGGAUCCAGAUCAGCAGAACUUAAUUGACUGGAUCCAGGAGGACUGGUUGCAAUGUUGCGGCAUCGAAGGGCCGAAAGAUUGGGACCGUAACAAUUAUUUUAAUUGUUCGUCGCGUGAUGUUGGCAGUAGGGAGGCUUGUGGAGUCCCUUUCUCGUGUUGUAAACGCAAGCCAAAUGAAAUUAUCAAGAAUAAGCAGUGCGGUUACGACGUGCGAAAACCAGGUUUCCCCGGAGAGCGGCAUAUUUUCGAAAGGGGCUGUUUGCGCGCGGGUGAAGAGUGGAUUGAGAGCAAUCUAGUGCCCGUUGCUGCAGUAAAAGUGGGCAUUAUGGUGCUUCAGAAUUUCGAUGUGUCAAAGAUAAUUAACGAGAAAGGGUGUCUGGAAGCGAUUGAAGAAUGGCUGGAGCGAAAUAUGAUUUCUUUAGCCACUUUUGGUUUUAUUAUUUUGUUUUUGCAAAUUUUGGGGAUCUGUUUCGCGCAAAACCUGCGAGCUGAUAUUUUUGCACAGAAGGCGAAAUGGCAUUGACAAUCGAGGACUCCCACUGCGGUGUAGUACAGUCUUGCCUGUCGCAUUGCGUGGGAGCCUUUUUCGACCCAGUUUGAUUUUGUAUAAGGUGCUUUAACACUUUGUAGUGUGCAAUUGGUUUCAUUGUAAUGGAUGCACAACAAUUACUAAAAAACAUUGAGCAAAUUCUAGAUUUUGGGCUCAAGUGGGGAGCUGCCAGUUUUUAUUGUGGGGCAGUCUCUUCGAUUUUUAUCAAUAAUUACUAAUAUUUAAUGUGCCUGUUUUAAUGUAACAACUGACUUAAGGCCCACUAAUUGAUUGCAUGUUUCUUUGAUAAUUGUAGUAUUCGUAAUUGUGAUAUUAUUUUCUCAUCGUUAAAAUACUCAGUUAUGCAACUGCCAAUCAGCAUUUCCAAGUGUACAUUCCAUUGUUUUAUUUAUUUUUUACUCAUUUAUUUAUUGACAUCAAGACAGUCUUUGUAUAUUGUCUCGAGAAGUACUAACUUGUAUUGACAUAAUUGUAUAAAUUGUUAAACUAUUGUAAUCUUUAUAUUGACAAGAUCUGGAAAUAAAUUGUAAAAUAAAACGAUGUUUUUCUACACAAA